AUGACUAAACAAAUUGUAAAAUUAAUUAAGUUAUCAUUAUUCUUUUUUCUUGUUUUCUCUUUCUCUUUCUUUUCAUCUUUUCAUCUUUCCUUUUCUUUUCGUCUCUUUCUUCUUUUCUUUUCGUCUCUUUCUUCUUUUCUUUUCGUCUCCUUCUUUUCUUUUCGUCUCUUUCUUCUUUUCUUUUCGUCUCUUUCUUCUUUUCUUUUUUUUUUUCUUUCUCUUUCUUUUUUCCUUUUUUCGUCUCUUUCUUUUUUCCUUUUCUUUUCAUCUCUUUCUUUUUCCUUUUCUUUUCGUCUCUUUCUUUUCUUUUCUUCUCGUCUCUUUCUUUUUUUUCUUUUUUUUUCUUUUCUUUUUCCUUUUUUUCGUCUCUUCUCUUUUCUUUCUUUUUUUCCUUUUCGUCUCUUUCUUUUUUCCUUUUCUUUUCGUCUCUUUCUUUUUUCCUUUUCUUUUCGUCUCUUUCUUUUUUCCUUUUCUUUUCAUCUCUUUCUUCUUUCCUUUUCGUCUUUCUUCUCUUUUCUUUCUUUUCGUCUUUCUUUUCGUCUCUUUCUUCUCUUUUCUUUCUUUUCGUCUCUUUCUUCUCUUUUCUUUCUUUUCGUCUCUUUCUUCUCUUUUCUUUCUUUUCGUCUCUUUCUUUUCUUUUCUUUCUUUUCGUCUCUUUCUUUUCUUUCUUUUCGUCUUUCUUCUCUUUCUUUUCUUUCUUUUCGUUUCUUUUCUUUCUUUUCGUUUCUUUCUUUUUUUUCAUCCCUUUCUUUUUCUUCUCUGUUUCACCAUUUUUCUUUUCACUUUCUUUCCUUUCUCUUUUCUUUCCCUUUUUAUCUCUUGCUUUUAAUCUUUCCUUUUUCUUUCACCAACAAACCUCUAUUAAUCCAUCCCCUCACCUGUCAUCUUGUCUCUUUUCCUCCUCAUUUCUUUUUCUGCCUCUUUCCUCCUCUCUGCCCCUUCCUUCUCUUCUCUUCACUCCCCCUUCUAUUCGCUUCCCCCUUCUAUUCGCUUCCCCUCCUCUUUCUUCUCCCCCCCCUCUUUCUUCUUUUCCCCCCCCUCUUUCUUUCUUCUUCCUCCCCCCCUCUUUCUUCUUCUCUUUCUUCUCCCCCUCCCCUUUCUUCUCUUAGCUCCCUUUUUCUUCUCUGCUCCCCCCUCCUCUUUCUUCUCUUCGCUCCCCCCUCCCCUUUCUUCUCUUCGCUCCCCUUUCUUCUCUUCGCUCCCCUUUCUUCUCUUCGCUCCCCGCUCCUCUUUCUUCUCUUCGCUCCCCGCUCCUCUUUCUUCUCUUCGCUCCCCGCUCCUCUUUCUUCUCUUCGCUCCCGCUCCUCUUUCUUCUCUGCUCCCCCUCCUCUCUUCCCUUCUUUUUUCCCCUUCUCCUUCCUUCUAUUUGCUUCCCCCCUCCUCUUUCUUCUCUUCGCUUCCCCCUUCUCUUCCUUCUCUCUGUUUCCCCUCUUCUCUUCCCUUCUUUUUUCCCCUUCUCCUUCCUUCUAUUUGCUUCUCCAUUCUCUUCCCUUCCUUCCUUCCUUCUUUCUUUCCUCCCUCUUCCUGCCUUCUCUUUCUCUUGUAGUUCUUUUAUAA